GUUUACUUUUUCGCCACGAGCUCGAUUCAUGCUCGAUCAUCUUCUUCUACAUCGUCGUCGUUCUCUAUCGCCACCUACCUCAAGCCACCGCAGUACACGUCUCAAGAAUAAUCUAGUAAAGCAACUCAUAUCAAAAUGUCCGAGGAGAACAACGAAGCGCCCCCUACCGCUCCUCCCGCCGGCGAGGUCAAGCCCGAGCAGCAGUCUAUGAACAUCAAGGUCACUUCGACCGACGGUAACGAGGUCUUCUUCAAGAUCAAGCGUACGACCAGGUUGAACAAGCUCAAGAACGCCUAUGCCGAGCGAGUCGGAAAGAACGUUGCUGCCAUCCGAUUCUUCUACGACGGAAACAGGGUGAACGACGACGACACCCCGGACAGCUUGGAUCUCGAGGAGGGAGACUCGAUCGAGGUCGCUUUGGAGCAGGUCGGAGGUUGUUAAUUCGGGAGGCGUCGAACGGGGAAUGGGGUGUUCGACGGUUUACAGGUCGCAGGCAAGCGAGGUCAACUCUUCUUGCUUCGUCCGCUUCGGUCGAGCUCGUGCGGCACUUCUGUUUCCCUAUCGGUAGCGAACUUGUCAUGGGUUAUUUCGAAAGUCGUCUGUAUAAAUUUGGCGUGUGUAAUCUUGGUUGGGGUGACAAGAUCGAUGGCCUCUUUCUGAAA